AUGAGGCGUUCAAGCACCGACGAAACCCCGUACCGGCGAAGUCCCUCGUUGGACAGCAAACCGGAGACUCCCCCCUUUAGCUCCGGGUUCCACAGAUUCAGUGGGGAGUUCGAGUACAAGCGUCCGCCGUUCGCGUUCGGGUUCACCACAACCAAAAAGCCCCAGUCCUCGAACGGCAGAUACACACCGGGAAAGAAGUACGUGGUGUUUUACCUGGACCUUUCCUUCAUAUUUCUUCUAGAACUGCGACGCUGUAAAAUGGCAGAAGGAUGCAUGAUGGCUCUUCGCUACGGGAUGGUCUUCUUCAACCUCCUCUUCUGGGUGAGUGAAAAACUUUAA